GCGCCAUUGAAUCCGCAGCUAAAAUGAAUUCAAAUAUGAACGUGUAUUUGCUAUUCCUUUCUCCUUCUAAAAUCUCAAAACAAUCAAAAAAAAUAUUUGAACAAUUACAAACUUAUCCGAAUAUUCGUAUCAGACGUAUUAAAUUUAAAAAUUAUAUAAAAAAAACACCUUUGGAUGUAUGGUAUAAAACCGAUAUAUUAAAGAAAAGUAAAUGGCCAAGAAUUCAAAUGGCUGAUAUUCUGAGAUUUCUAACACUUUGGAAAUACGGAGGAAUAUAUUUAGAUCUGGAUGUUGUUAUUAUGAGAUCCAUUGAACAUUUAACAAAUUUCGCUGGUGCUGAGGAUUGGUAUCAAGUGGCUGCUGGUAUUUUAGGAUUUGACACUUCAAAAUUGGGUCGUCACAUUGUCAAUGAGUGUAUUCACGAAAUACGAAAUAAUUUUCGAGGUGAUAUCUGGGGUUACAAUGGUCCCGGUGUAAUUACCAGAGUGUUACAACGAAUUUGUUUAACGGAAAAUGUUCAGGACAUGUCUACGAGUCGAUGUCAAGGCUUUCGUGUUUUUCCUCCUUCAAUGUUUUAUCCAAUUCAUUACACUAAUUGGUCACUAUAUUUUACAACAAACGAUACUAAAACAAUGAAAAUAAUCGAACAGGCAAUGGCAAUUCAUGUGUGGAACAAAUUAAGCAAUGCUGAAAAGGUGGACGUAAAUAAUGACGUACCUUAUGUGAAUGUUGCGAAAAAACAUUGUCCAAAGAUUUUGAACAAUUGCGGAAAACUAUUUUAAUAUUAUAUAUUGAAAAUUACAUGUAUAAGAUUCGAUUGUUGAAUCAUUUGUAAGCUGGAAAUUUCUAAAUUUCAAGCAACAUUUUCCUUUGUAAAAAUUUUCGUUACGACUUUAUCAACGAAUUAUGAACAAAAAAACACUAGUCGAUCACGGAGCGCGUAGUCUAAUCGAGCCAUGAUAAUAACAGGCUAUGAGCACGAACAAAUCUAAGCACUAUAUAUCAAAAAUGUAUUGAAUAUUAUAAUUUUUUUCAUGAUAUAAUUCGAUAUAAUUUUUAUCGAUAAAAUAUUCAUAUAUUAUAUCUUAUAACAUAAAUAUCAUAUAUAGUAAAAACGUAAUAUAUUUAUUGUACACAUAAAUAAUAAUCUAAGCAUUAUUAAAACUAUUAAACUUGAUGAAUUAGAUAACAUUUUGCGCACCUAAUUAGAAUUCAACAUUUCUAUAAAUAAUAAUUUAAAUAAUGAAACUAGCAAUUUUACAUGUAAGCAAUAUUGAUUGGUACAACAAAUUGAUUUCACUGUACCAUGAUUUGUAAAUUCUGCUUAAGGUUUCAUGCGAAUGAAAUAUAUGCCAUUAUGUUUACUGAAAGCUGGCGUUUCAAUAAUGUCAUUCGUUCAACCAUGUGCUCUAUUCUCAUUUCUGAUUGGCUAUCUAUCUAAAUUAACGCGAGA